UCAUGAGCACCGCCUUUGUCUCUCCACACUCUCUGCAAAUCGAAUCUUCUCUUCCUCUAUGGCAACCUCACUCAUCACCCCCAAAAAGGCAAACACUAUGCAAUUGCAAUCCACCUCCAUCUCCAAGGUCAGGGUCAUCGUGAGGGUGCGCCCCUUUCUUCCCCACGAAAUCGCCGCUGCCAAAAACGGCAACCCGAUUUCAUGCGCCUCGGUCCUUGAUCAAGACUGUGAAUCUGGUGAAGAAGUUGUUGUUCAUCUUAAUGAUCAAGAAACCAGUCGCAGGGAGUGCUACAAGUUGGACUCUUUUCUUGGCCCACAUGACAACAAUGUGAGUCUGAUUUUUUACAGAGAAGUAAGCCCUUUGAUUCCAGGUAUCUUUCAUGGCUGCAAUGCCACUGUCUUCGCUUAUGGGGCAACUGGCAGUGGAAAAACCUACACCAUGCAGGGCACUGAUGAGCUUCCAGGUCUAAUGCCACUUACCAUGUCAGCAGUUCUAACUAUGUGCUGGAGCACAGCCAGCACUGCAGAGAUGUCAUAUUAUGAGGUCUAUAUGGACAGAUGUUAUGAUCUGUUGGAAGUCAAAGCAAAGGAAAUUGCAAUAUUGGAUGACAAAGAUGGGCAGAUUCAUCUAAAGGGCUUAUCUCGUGUCCCAAUAAGUUCCAUGUCCGAAUUUUAUGAGGUCUUCUCUCGUGGAAUUCAGCGCAGAAAAGUUGCACACACAGGGCUUAAUGAUGUCUCUAGCAGAAGCCAUGGAGUCCUUGUGAUAUCUGUUUCCACUCCUUGUGAUGAUGGCUCCGGUGCUGUUGUUACUGGGAAGUUGAACCUCAUCGAUUUAGCAGGUAAUGAAGACAACAGAAGAACCUGCAAUGAAGGGAUACGUCUCCAAGAGAGUGCUAAGAUCAACCAGUCCUUAUUUGCCUUAUCAAAUGUGAUUUAUGCCCUUAACAAUAACAAGCCCCGUGUACCAUACAGAGAAAGCAAACUGACCCGGAUACUGCAAGAUUCCCUUGGAGGAACCAGCCGUGCAUUGAUGGUUGCUUGUCUGAAUCCAGGAGAGUACCAAGAAUCUGUUCAUACGGUCAGCUUGGCUGCACGGUCGCGCCACAUAUCUAACUCUGUUCCAUCGGCUCAAAAACAAGAUACUCCAAAUGUUAAAGUUGACAUGGAGGCGAAAUUGCGCGCCUGGCUUGAAUCAAAAGGAAAGACAAAGAGUGCACAAAGAAUGGGGGCAUUUGGUUCUCCUCUUAUGAGCAAAGCUCCUAGUUCUUUGAGCUCUUUGAAGAAGCCCUAUCCAUGUCACAGCUCCACAAAAGCAAAGGCUAUUACAAACCAAGGUGCUUCUAAUGCUAAAGAAAGGGUUCUUUCUGUGCAGCACAGAAAUUUAUUCAACAAUGGAGGUUCAGUUGAUUCUGGCACGGAGAGUUUCAACUUUGCUGCUGAGAACAAUACCAACAAUACAGAAGACGAGUUCAAGGCUGGUGGGGAUGGGAGUGCCUCAGAAACAAAUACAAUUUUACCUGAUGAUGCAUUGGCAAAUGACAAGAAGAUGACAACCAUGAAAUCUGCCAACUCUAUUGGAUCACCACCAAUUAGUGAGAAAUUUAAAGCUCUUCGGGGUUCUCUAAGAAAAGUUCUCUCCCCUGUCAACUCCAGUGAUAGCAGAAAACCUCUCGAGGAUCUCUCAUCCAAAGGCCAAGUAUGCUCAGUACCCUUUGAACCAAAGACUCCCAAAACACCCACUAACAUGACCUGUGCAAAUGACAACUUCCAAAUGGUUGACACAACACCCCUUGAUAAAUUUAAUGUGCGAACUUCUAAUUUAAAGAGCUCCCUCAUUCAAGAAUAUAUCGACUUCUUGAAUACAGCCAGCAUAGAGGAGCUGUUGGAGUUAAAGGGGAUUGGACAGAAAAGGGCAGAGUACAUACUUGAACUCAGAGAAGCAAGUCCACUAAAAAUGUUGAGUGAUUUGGAGAAGAUUGGCCUCUCAUCCAAACAGGUCUAUAAUGUAUUUGGUAGAACUGCUAAAGGAAUAUUUGAUUGACCAGAGAAAGCAAAGCUCAUUCACUCACAUUUGUAGGCGAAAUCCCUUGUUCGCGGAUUACUUGCGAUGUUGUAAUCUUUGUAGCGUGCUUGGAAUCAUUUGACUUUAAGGCACGUAUUUGCUUCCAUUCAAGAUGGGAUGAUGGGUCUUAAAAUUCCAACUUUUAUUAAAUUCUAAUGAUCUUCUAUUGAUGAUAUCUUGAUAAA